GAUUUGCCUUAUAUUAGACUCUGCUCUCUAAGCCUCCAGCGCGACCUUACAAUAGCAACGAGAGCUUUUUUCUAUCGAUCUACGGCUACCUCCCCGACUGCUUUGUUUCGGACCAAGACAAAGCGAUUCAAGGCGUUCUCGUCGCAAGCUCUUGCAUGGCUCUCAUGGGUAGCAUGUCAGGCGCAGUCUGUGUCAGGCGUAUGUUUGCCGCCUUCGGCGUUUCUCACUAGAGAAAAAUACGACAGCAAUCUCGUCUCGCUCGGAGGCACACUCUACUCGGUCUUUGAGCUCGGCACAAGUUAUUAA